ACGGAACAGCGAGAAAUUGAAAGGCGUGGAAGAAAAAGGUCGAGCCGGUUGGGAAGACAUGUAGAGGCCCCAGCGAAGAAUACAUGUAUAUAAGAGGGUGGCCCUGAACAAUUCCCAUCUGUCUAUUCUCUUUUAAAUCCAUCUUCUUGUUUCAUUUGAAUCUCCGUUAUUCAUUUCUAGCCUGAGUCUCUCAGCGUUGCCCUCAUUGAUAGAGCCCAUUCACUUUGUCAUAGACUGCUCACCAAACCACCACCCACCACCAACUACCUAUAUCUAGGUACUAAUCGAAUUCCAUAUUGACCACCAACUCUCAUGAUGAAAACAAUCUACGAGGUUGAUGAAGAAAACCAUCACGGAGGGCCUGACCCUCCUGUACCUCUCCUUCUCUAUGCCCCGUCUCGCGACGAACCUUCCUUUUAUGUUCGAUCCUUUAAACAUCCCCUUACCGUCCUGCACUCUAAUAACUCCCAUCUUGAUACCGCCAGGUUUGCUCCUGAACCUGACAUUUACUACCCCGCCUGGCGGCCUCUCCCAAUUGGCUUCAGAAUGCCUGCUCGUGUACGCCCCCUCGGUGUGUUGGUAAAGCUUACCCAAGAUGCCUCUCUCAUCAAUAUGUCUUGCCCAGACUCGACUCGUCCAGACCAGCAUCGGACCGCAAGAAAAAAAGCGCUGUCUUCCACAGAGAUUCUGGAACAAGUAUUCACCAAAAUCGACGCCGUUACCCUCCUCACCUCUGUCCAGCGGGUGAGCAAGACCUGGAAGGAAGUCUUUGAUGGAUCGGUCCUCUUGCAGCGGAAGCUCUUCUUCACCCCCGAUGAGACGCGGCCGCUCGAGCCCCAUCCGCAGACCAGACGGGAGAAAGAUUCAGAUUACCGCAAGAUGUAUCCGGUCUUGAAUUCACUGCUAGUCAGGCAUUUUCGCAGCAGCUUCUUCCCUGUCGGCGGCAAAUUCUACGGCUACCCACGCCGGUCUGAAUCCUUCUACGAGCAGCGAUGGACUUCCAAGCACAAUAGGCUCAAGAUGAAGAGGAAACUGAAUACCAGGUACAACAAGUAUGAAUCCACUAAGCCCGACAUAUCCAAGGUCGAAGCUCUCCAGGUAUUACUGGAUAGAGAGCGCUUCACGCGAGCCGGCGCAAGUUGGCGCAAGAUGCUCGUCUCGCAGCCCCCUAUCCCCGACUUUAUCGCCAUGGAAUUCUCGUCGCAGAACAUGAAUAAUGCAAAAUCGCAUGAAAAGCUCGAGUUCCGCAUCUUCAACGCCAAUCAUCCGGAUAAAGGCCUCCGCAUGGGCCAGCUGUACGACUUUGUACAGGAUAAAGCUGCCAACCACCCGCUGGACUCGCUGUGGUAUCGAGUCGUCUGGUUUGAGCCGCAUGGCCCCUUUGCGUCAGAUCUCAGCGAAGACGGCUGCCAUAUUAUGUUUGAGGAUAUAGGGACUAAGUGCGUGGUUGAAAUGUUUCACCGUGAGGAUAUGGCCAAGAAUUUUUCUCCUACUUUACCCAAUCCGCCGAACCCACAGGCCUUUGAUGCCAUCUUCAAAUGCGCCGAGUUUGUGCCCGAAGAUUGGAAGCCGGCACAGCAGGUGGUAGACUAUGGCAGUGUGACGCACCGGACGCUUACGCGGCUGGAAGACUAA